UCGAAAACUAAAAACCUACGCCAACUUGGCUCUCAGUAUUUUAACUUGAUCGUCGUUUCCCUCCGAAUCCUCGCACGGUACUAAUCUAUCUGCGCCUCAUCAUUACUCUCUUUAUCUCUCACUCUCAUAAAUUUUCGGGUUUACAAUUACUUCAAGGUUAUUUUUCCAUGGAUUCUGCAUCACAAACUUUUCAACAACGCACUUUAUCAGUCAAGCUGUGGCCCCCUAGUCAGAGUACCAGGCUAAUGCUUGCUGAGCGAAUGACAAAGAAUCUUACCACUCCAUCCAUUUUCUCAAGAAAGUAUGGCCUGCUGGGAAAAGAAGAGGCUGAGGAGGAUGCCAAGCAAAUAGAAGAGUUAGCUUUUACAGCUGCAAACCAACACUAUGAGAAGGAGCCAGAUGGUGAUGGAAGUUCUGCGGUGCAAGUUUAUGCGAAAGAAUCCAGUAAGUUGAUGCUGGAGGUUAUUAAAAGAGGUCCUAGAACAAAGGAGGAUGGAGAGGUGAUGAUAACUGAUAAGGCUGCUGCUAGUCAAACUAUCUUUGAUAUAUCUGGAGGUCGCCGGGCAUUUAUAGAGGAAGAGGAGGCUGAGGAUGUGAUAGGGCCCCUAAGAGAUCCUGGAAACUCAUAUACCAAGAUAAUUUUUAGCAACAGAAGUUUUGGCUUUGGUGCAGCCAGAGUUGUGGUGCCCAUUUUGAAUUCAAUUAAGGAUCAACUGACUGAAGUAGACCUAUCAGAUUUUAUUGCUGGAAGGCCAGAGUCGGAGGCCCUUGAAGUCAUAACGAUGUUUUCUUCUGCCUUGGAAGGUUGCCAUUUGAGAUACCUAAACCUUUCAAACAAUGCCUUGGGUGAAAAGGGUGUCAGGGCUUUUGAGUCUCUCCUCAAAUCACAGAGUAAUCUGGAGGAGCUCUAUUUGAUGAAUGAUGGCAUUUCGGAGGAAGCUGCACGAGCAGUUUGUGAGCUAAUUCCUUCCACUGAGAAGCUCAAAGUUCUUCAUUUUCACAAUAACAUGACAGGAGACGAGGGUGCCCUAGCUAUUGCAGAAAUGGUCAAACAUUCUCCUGUGCUGGAGGAUUUCCGAUGUUCGUCAACAAGAAUUGGCUCAGAGGGGGGUGUUGCCCUAGCUGAAGCACUUGGUAAAUGUACCCAUUUAAAGAAGCUUGAUCUCCGUGACAAUAUGUUUGGUGUGGAAGCUGGAUUAGCUCUGAGUAAAGCUUUGUCUGCAUUUCCUGCUCUUACUGAGAUUUACCUUAGCUAUCUGAACUUGGAGGAUGAGGGGGCAGAAGCACUGGCCAAUGCUCUCAAGGAGUCUGCACCGUCACUUGAAGCUCUGGAAUUGGCUGGAAAUGACAUCACAGCUAAAGGUGCUGCUUCUUUAGCAGCUUGUGUUGCGGCUAAACAAUUCCUCACUAAGUUGAACUUGUCUGAGAAUGAACUGAAGGAUGAAGGUGCUAUUUUGAUUGGCAAAUCAUUGGAAGAGGGUCAUGGCCAGUUAACUGAAGUUGAUUUGAGUACAAAUUCAAUCAGAAAAGCUGGGGCAAGGCUUUUGGCACAGGUUGCUGUCAACAAACCUGGUUUUAAGAGCCUAAAUAUCAAUGGUAAUUUCAUAUCUGAUGAAGGGAUUGAUGAGGUGAAGGAUAUAUUUAAGCAGUCACCUGAUUUGCUUGGGCCACUGGAUGAGAAUGAUCCGGAAGGAGAAGAUUUUGAUGACAAGGCUGAAGAUGAGGAUGAGUUGGAAUCGCAACUUAAGGGGCUUAAAAUCAAGCAAGAGGAGUAGAAGUUGGAAUACUUCUGAAUUACCUGAUGACAAGUAGUCAGAAACAGUUGUUUUUUAAUUGAAAAGCUUGUUCUGCUAAGCUUGUCCAUUAGCAUUUUCUUAGUGUAGGAGAUUUAUUUGAGUUAGGUUCUAGAAGUUUCUUUUCUUUCUUCCUUUUCAUUCACUAGUUGUCUUUAAUUAGUACUUGUACCUUAAAGUAACUGGGAGAUGGAAGCCAUCUUUUCGGGAUAUGUAGACAGCAUUGUUUGUUGUACAAUGCUUAAGACACCAUUUGAUUUUCCCUGGACAUUUACUUGAAACGCCUAUGGAGACCUAGAAGAAAUGAAAGUUGCAUUUUAUGGCC